ACAGCAACAAUGGCGUCCUCCUUUGCGGCGCACAGGUUACAUAUGAGUGGAAGGGGCGACCUCUUGAAGCGUCUGAAAAAUGUAGACGCUUUUUUUCGCAGCAGAGUUGGAACAAGUGCUGUUCCAGCCCGGGAAGAAGCACCAAGGAAAGAUCAAAAUGAGGAAAAGGAUGGAUGUCUGUCUUUUUAUGCUGUGCAGGCGCAACGACAAGAGCAGGCGGAAAGAUCUGUUCUCAUCAACUGCCCUCCCAAAACCAAUGAGAAAAAGAUUAUCAAGUUUUUAUCGAGACAUGGCAGUAUUAAAAAGUACUUUACAUAUGAAAGCUACGGCAUGUAUGCAGUGGUGGAGUUUGCUACCCGAGAAAGUGUCGCCUCGUUACUUGAAGGAGCCAGCAUCCCCAAUAACAGCCACGAAUGCAUGGUGCCGUAUAAAUCAAGACUAUUGGCGCUAAGAAGUCUUGGUCCGGCAGAAGUGACCGUUCCGCAGUCGAGUCAACAGAACCACCCGCAAACCACCAUUCCUAUUAACGAGCUUAUCCACAGACUUUCCCUCGAGGAUAGUAUAGACCGGCAGAUCAUGUGCUUGACGGACGCCUACCAACUCACCGAGGAGAACAGCCGACUGCGUUUCCUGGUGUGCUCUCUGCUCAAAGACAUCGCCGCUGCUUAUUUCCCGGAAUGCUCCAUUAAACCGUUUGGCUCGUCAGUGAAUGGCUUUGGAAAGCUGGGCUGCGAUCUGGAUAUGUUCCUGGACCUAGACAACAUCAGCGGAAGGAAUUUAAAGACGCCAAAAUCCGCCUUGACCUUGGAGUACCAGAUGAAGCAGGCCAACUCGGAGCGGGCCGCCACGCAGAGCAUCCUCUCCGUCAUCGGCGAAUGUGUGGACCAGUUUGGACCCGGCUGCAUUGGCGUGCAGAAAAUCCUGAACGCCCGAUGCCCUCUGGUUCGUUUUGCGCAUCAGCCGUCUGGCUUCCAGUGUGACCUGACCGCCAACAACAGGGUGGCGAUGAAGAGCUCAGAGCUGCUCUACCUUUACGGCCAAUUGGACCCUCGGGUGCGCCAGCUGGUGUUCGCCAUACGCUGCUGGGCCCGAGCUCACGGCGUGACCAGCAACAUCCCCGGGGCCUGGAUCACCAACUUCUCCCUCACUGUCAUGGUGCUGUUCUUCCUGCAGGGGAGGAGCCCGCCCAUCAUCCCCACCCUGGACCACCUACGGGAGCUGGCAGGUGCCGACGACAGGAGCGUGAUCGAGGGGAACGACUGCACAUUUAUGAGCGACUUUGACAAGAUCCAGCUCCAGAGCAACACGGAGACGCUGGAGCAACUGCUGUGUGAAUUCUUUGACUUCUACGCCACCUUUGCGUUCAGUAAGAAGUCGAUAAAUAUCAGAAAGGGCAAAGAGCAGAACAAGCCAGAGGUGGCCCCGCUGCACAUCCAGAACCCGUUUGAAACCGCACUCAAUGUCAGCAAGAACGUCAAUGGCACACAGCUGGAACGAUUCGUGGCUCUGUGUCAGGAGAGCUCCUGGCUGCUCCAGCAGAGAGACAUCCGCGCGCCCAAAGGGGGCAGCACCCCCACACCUUGGGGACUGGCAACCCUCCUCUUGCCCUUACAGGUCGCAGGGGUCAAAAGCCGGAAGAAGAGGAAAAGGGAGCCUGCUAGUGAGAGGAUCAAGAGUUUGCUAGAAUCCCUCAAGGCUCAAAACCAGCUAAAGACCUAACACCUCCUGGGAAAAGAACUUCGUUUUUUUCAUCUUAAAUUUUGCACACCUACAUAUCUCACAAUAAAGGAGGGGAGCCUUCUGUAACAGGAUGUAGUUCUUGAUAUGACCACUAGAGGGUAUAACAGAGGCUUGUAUGAACCUGUCGUUAGGCAGUGUGAAGUGUAUGCUACUACAGCAGGCUCGUAACCAGAUAUUUUUCAGGGGCGUUCAAAAAUCUGAGUGAACGGACCUUUCGCGAGGGAGCGAAGCGACCGACGGGGGGAGCGAAGCGGACCUUUGGUCGCCCGCGGGGGGGUUCCUUCGAACCCCCCCUGGUAACGGGCCUGUAGAGCUAAUUAUAUACUACUGAAAUAUGCACCUCCGACGCGACAAACUUCAUAUGCAUUUCAAAAUCAGUGUUUACGGACUCUACAACAAGAUCACCAAGGUAAUAAACAUUGUAAUUGUGAUAAUUAUUUCUUGACUGCAAACCUGAAUUAUACGGCGGACUACUACUAAUGCAUCAUAACCAACCGAGGGACUUUAUGCUUUUUUUUAAAAAAAAAAAGGCAUAUAUCUUCAGUUUCAAGACCGACUGAAGGGGUACGUUUUUCGGCGCGAUGGUGGUAUAGUGGUGAGCAUAGCUGCCUUCCAAGCAGUUGACCCGGGUUCGAUUCCCGGCCAUCGCAGUUGUUGUUUUUUUUGUUUUGUUUUUUUAAAUAAAUAUUGCCUGUCAUGUGCGGCUGUUAUUAGCAGUAGGUAAAUACAGUAAUUGAUCAGUGCAUGGUAGUACUUUUGAUUAUUCCAUCAUUCUACGCCAGGGCUGUCUUAAGUGCUGCAUGGGAACAUUGUAGGAAUAAAAUAAAAAGCAGCACACAUGGAAACGAGAGAGCAAGACGAUGUUAAUGCUGGCAACUAAUAGGACAAUGCUAUUUUGUAUUAAAAAUUCCUUAUAUAUAGACAACAAAAUUGAUCAUUUAACUGCAAAAUCAAAGUAGGUUGAUUUUUUUCAAAAAGAUAUAUACAUAUUUGUAAUAAACAAUAUGAUAAUGUAAUAAUGAAUAAAAAUGUUUUUUUAAAUAAAUUAACAGAAAAGUAUUUUGAUAUUUUUAUUAAUUUGUAAACAUUUUGAAAAGGAAAUUAUAUAUACUGUACAUGUUUGUUUUUUAAUAUAUGUAUAUACACGCACAUGUUUUUCAAAAUAAAGAAAUACAUAAAACUACGAUAGAAAUGACAUAUUUUGUAAUUUAGAAAAAAAAUAGAUUUUCAAAUAAAAAAAUACAUAAAAAUAUCAAACUGCUAAGAUUUUUCAAUGAAUUUAUACAUUUAAAAGACAACAUUUAUGAUAUAUAAACGUUGUAUAUACUGUAUUUUUCUUUCAAAAUAAAUAUAAUACAAAAAUAUCAAACUACUUUGAUUUUUCAGUUUUCACACCUUGAAGGACACGUACGACCAUGUGCUCCGUGAUUUAUUUCAUCUUAACUUUACCAGGUAAGAUGAGAGUUGAGGACCUGGCAAGGAGACCGUGAAGUGACACUAAAUUUGGCUUUAAUUUGGCUAACAUUAGCACAUAAAAUACACACGUUUCCAGCACGACUGCGCUUCUGAAAGUACAUGACAGUGUUUGCACUGAUGAUGUUUUUGAUUUGAAUUAUGUAACAGCAAGUGACCUGAUGCAGUGACAUAACGAUGCCAGCGUAUGUUUUGGUGUGUGUACAGUAUAUGAGGGGGACAGACUACUUUUUGCAAAUUCAUAAAAAAAAAAAAAACUUAAUCCAAGCCAAAGUUGGUGAAAAAUGAGCAUUGCAAUGUGUACGGGUGUACAUUUUUGUUACAUAAUGCGUAAUAAUGUGACACAGUGGAAAGAGCAAAGACCUGAGGGUGCCUGGAUGUAGUAAAAGUGUGCAUCCUGUGCGUCGUACAAGCGGGGAGCGUGCUCGCAGCCAACAGCUGUUUUUCCACUCAUUGCUCUGCAAGGUCAAGGGGUGAAAGGAUAGACUUUUAACAACCUCCUUUCCCACCCGUGCAACCUCUGCCGUACAGCACAACAAGGCCACCGCACAGAUGGCAGAACGGGACCCUCGGGUGGAGGAAGAGCCCAUCAGUGCCACCCUCCCCCCAGCUUUGAACUUGACUCACUGUCCCUACAUUUUUUUCAAUUUGAGACGGGCCGCCUGGCUAUCUGUCUCCGUCAUCUCUCUUCCUCUCUGAAUAUUCUUUGAUGUUUGCAGAGUUUAUUUAUUUCCAUGAGUGACUUUCUGACUGAUGGGCCGGGCUGCAGCGGAGCAGCCGAGCAAUUAUGAAAUGCUGUGGUUAGCCAAGCAUCACAUGUGGAAAAUCAACACCUCGGGGGAAUUUGAUGAAAUUGUACUGCCGGGUGGUGAGGGGUUCAUUUCAAGGGGGCGCCGUGUCAACACCACGAAGCUUAUGAUUUAUAUUUGCUGCUUAAAAAAAAACAUUACAAAACAAAAAAGCUCCUUUUUAUGUGUGGUCGACUCCAACAUGACACGGGCCAGAAUCCGUCAUUUAAGUUACACAAGAAAAAGUUGGUAUGGGAUUUUUUUCCCCAAAAUUUUAGAAAUACAUUUAAACUGGAAAAAAAAAAACACAGCAAAAAUAGAAAAAAAAGCAGUAAUUUUACAAGAAUAAAGUCAGAAUAUUGCAAAAAAAGGUCAUCUUACAGGAAAAAAAACGUUUAUUUUACGAGAAUGAAGUCAGAAUAUUUUUAGGAUGAAACGUCAUUUUUAGAAGCAUAAAGUUGGAAUAUUAAAGAAAAAAUAUAUUAUUUUCUAAAAUCAUAACAUGAUAAAAAAAAAUAAAAAAUUGGGUUAGGAAAAAGCUUAUGCUAUUAGGAGAAUAAAAUCAUAAUAUUCCAAGAAAAAAAUAGUCAUCUUAUGGGAAAAAUUUCAUAAUUUAAUGAGAAUAAAGUUGCCAUAUUGUGAGGAAAAUACAUGUCAUUGUUAGAAGCAUACAACUGGAAUAUGAAAGAAAAAAGACAUUAUUUGCUAAAGCAGUGAUAUUACGACAAACUAAAGCUGAACUAAAAAAACAUUGCAAUUUUUGGAAAAUUAGGCUGUGAAAAAGUUAGAAUAUUAUGACAGUAAAAUCCAAAUAUUACAAGAAAAAAAAUCUUGUGGGCAAAACCAGUUGUAAUAUGAGAAACAAAACAAAACUUUUUUUUUAAAGUUGCAAUUUUUUGGAUAAUUAGGCUGUGAAAAUAAUAAUUUUACAGGAAUAAAGUCAUAACAUGAAGGGAAAAUAAUUUUUAGAAACAAAGUUGAAAUAUUAAAAGAUACGUAUUUGAAAGAAAAAGACUUUAAAAAAUAAAUGUUGCACUAUUAUGAGAAACAAAAAGAGAAAGUUCCAAUUUGUGGAAAAUUACUUUGGGAAAAAGUGAUGAUAUUAGGAGAAUAAAGUUGUACUAUUUUCAGAAAAAAAUCGUAAUUUUCUGAAAAAUGAAGUCAUAAUGUUCUGAGGAAAAAACAUUUAAAAAAUAUUAGAAUAACAUUUCCAAAAUUUGAAACAUAAAAACAAAUGAUAUUUUUAAAAGUCGAAAUAUUGUGAGAAAUAAAGUAAAGAAUAAAAUUGCAAUUGUUGGAAAAUCGGGUUGUACUAUGAGGAGUAAAGUCAUUAUGGGGGAAAAAGUCGUACUACUAUAAGGAAAAACAUUUUUAAAAAACAUAAAGUUGAAAUAAUAAAUAAAUACAUAAGGACUUUAUUUUUUUUGUUGAAAAAGUUGUAAUAUUAUGAGAAGCCAAAGAAUAAUUAAAAAAAAAAUAAAAAAUAGGUUGGGGAAAAGGUAUGGUAUUAAAAGGACAAAGUCAUAAUAUGAUGACAAGUAAGUUCUCACUUUAAGGGAAAAAAGAGUCGUAAUUUUCCGAGAAUAAAGUCGUAGUAUUAUUAUGAUUAAGGAGAUUUUUGAUAUUGAUACUAUGAUUAUUAUAUACUAUGAUUAUUAUUAUUGAUACUAUGAUAUUAUUGAUAUCUAUUUGAUCUUUUGGUUGUUGUGUUUAUCACUGGAUUUGAAAAACAGUAGCAAGCGCUUGCUAAAACUCUGGUGUGGGUUCCGCCUGGGCCUGUGAUGUCGUGACCUUCCGUAUUUUGUUUUUCCUCCACAAGGCGUACUUUAACACGCUAAUUUAUUAUGUCAACUUGCAAAAAAAGUCCAAAAGAGAUUGGAUCUCUCAGGAAGCUGAGAGGUUCCUGCUAAUCUUUGGCCGGAGUUAACGUCCUUGGCUUUUCCUUGGCUCCUAACGCGCUUGCAAAUACCCUGCAAGAAUGUAAAAAGGUGCUUUGAGGGCUUGCGAAACAGGAUUUUGAGGAAACAUGCCUAAAAGGGGAAA